AUGCAGGCCGUUACCACUGGCCUUGAAGGGCCUUCAUCUUCGCCUUCAGACUCCAAACAGACUGCGGCAGCGUCAGUUACGAAGCCAGCAGCGCAAGCAAUCAUGGAAAAACAGACGACGACAUCAGAUAAGCCCGUAGUCGCGGCGACGACGACAAAGACCAAAAAGUCCAAGCAACAAACAAUACACUAUCCCUUCUGGUUCGGAGGAAGCGCCAGCAGCAUGGCUGCCACCGUCACACAUCCUCUCGAUCUUGUCAAAGUCCGCCUCCAAAUGCGCACCGGCGACGCCCCCAAAACCAUGUCCGGCACCGUCCUCCACAUCAUCCGCCACAACGGCAUCACCGGCCUCUACAACGGUCUCUCCGCCUCUCUCCUCCGCCAAAUCACCUACUCGACCACGCGCUUCGGCAUCUACGAAGAGCUCAAAACCCGCUUCACCACCAAAGACCACCCGGCCUCCUUCCCCCUGCUGAUCGCCAUGGCCACCGUCUCCGGCGUAGCCGGCGGCUUGGUGGGGAACGUAGCAGACGUGCUGAACGUGCGGAUGCAGCACGACGCCGCUCUGCCCCCCGCGCAACGACGCAACUACGCGCACGCCAUCGACGGCUUGGCGCGGAUGACGCGCGAGGAAGGGUUCCGGAGCUGGUUUAGGGGUGUUUGGCCCAAUAGUGCUAGGGCGGCCGCCAUGACGGCCAGUCAGCUGGCUAGUUACGAUGUGUUCAAGCGCAUCUUGAUUAGACAUACGCCCUUGGAGGAUAAUCUGGCGACGCACUUUAGCGCCAGUUUCCUGGCGGGCGUGGCGGCAGCGACGGUCACGAGCCCGAUUGAUGUGGUCAAGACGCGGGUGAUGAGCGCGAGCGGGAAGAGCAGUAUCGGGCAGGUGCUGGGGAGCUUGUAUGCCCAGGAGGGGGUGAGGUGGAUGUUCAAGGGAUGGGUGCCGAGUUUUUUGAGGUUGGGGCCACAAACGAUUUGCACCUUCAUCUUCUUGGAGGGCCAUCGGAAGAUGUACAAGAAGGUCAAGGGCAUUGAGGAAUGA